UUUAAUGCUUUUAUUUUGAAGGGCUGAAAAACGAAAGUUAAAUUUUCAGCGACGCCAUUUGGAGCAUUAAGAUUCUCCUGCUGAACGUCUCUACAGGUCAAACUCUGACAUGUGGUCCAUACGAGUAUGAGACACCUGGUGGAUGCUGUCCUGUGUGUCCACCUGGAAGCUGAAAACACUUCUCUCUGGGAGUGUGUUACCUGUCCUGGUUUGGAGUUACAUUUCUCUUGGUCCUAAAUCUGCGUUGGUUCAAACAGACGAGGAAUCUGUGCUGGUCUUCUGUUACAGAGAGAAUGAGACCUGGAUCAGCUGCAGUGUUUCUGAUUCUCCUGAUGAACGUCUCCACAGGUCAAACUUUGACAUGUAGUCCAUACAGUUAUGAGACACCUGGUGGAUGCUGUCCUGUGUGUCCAGCUGGAGGUCGAGUUUAUGAAGACUGCACAGACUCUGAAAGUACUCACUGUAAGCCCUGCACUGAAGGAACCUUUAUGGACCAUCCGACUUACCGUACACGGUGCUACGACUGUAAAAGCUGUGAUGAAGGUUCUGCUCUGAAGAUGAAGACGUCGUGUACGAUAGUAUCAGACACAGUUUGUGAACCUCUGGAAGGAUUUUACUGCUCAGACUCUAGAAAGGACGACUGUGUGGAAGCAAAGAAACACAGACGCUGUGAACCAGGAGAAUACAUCAGAGAACUCGGAACUUCCUCCACAGACACCGUGUGCUCCACCUGCUCUGAUGGAACAUUUUCAAACGGGACGUUUACAUCUUGUCAGAAUCACACACAAUGUGAAUCAGAGGGUCUAGAGCUGCUGAGAGCAGGAACUGAGACAGAGGACGCUCAGUGUGGAGGAAAAGUGUCACACAGGACUGCACUGAUUAUCUGUGGUGUUGGUGUUGGGAUUCUUUUAGUCUUUGUACUCGGAGUGUUUUAUUUCAAACGGAGGAUGAUUAAACAUCAAAACUCAGGAAACAAAAGACAUUCAGGACCCUCUCACCAGGAAGGUGUGAACCUUAAAGAUCAAACCUUGAAGAGUCUGAAGUCAGAUGACUCCAAAGAGUCGAAGGGUGAGACGGUUCAGACUGAACUCCUGCAGAGUGAAUCAUCUCCAGGAUCCUGUUCUGGUCCACCUGCUGGAUCCUGACACACUGUUGAGAUCUGUUUAUAUGUGUAUAUGUGUUUAUAUUUAUAUCUGUUUUUUUAUCUGUUCCAGUUUUGUUUUUGAGACGAUGAUUGAACACAAACACUUUCAUCAGCGCUCCAUCGGCUCUCUCACCAUCAAGUUUAAAUCUUUUAGAAAUUAAAGAUUGUCCCUUUCAUUUCUUGGGCCGGCUGUGGAUCAGUGGUGGUCGGUCGUCUCCCAAGUGAAAGGUUGAGGGUUCAAUCCCCAGCUCCUGCAGCAACAUGUUGAUGUUUCUUUGGAAAAAACAUUUAACCCCAAAUAACUCCCUCUGCUGCAUCAUCAGGGUGUGAAUGUGUAUAGAUGAGUGUGAGCUGAGAUGAGAUCAGAUGUUUUUGAUGAUUUUUAUUAUUUUUUUAUUGUUCCUUGUACAGUUGUUCACUUUAUACAUCCAGUCAUGUAAAAAAAGCUUUUGUUGCACUUUAUGUUAAAAUAAUUCAUGUGAUGUCUUUCUGUUAAACUCUUUAUUUCUGAUUAAACUAAAUGUAUGACACGAGAUGUCAGAGCGCUGUGUGAGGUUACAUGUCCGGUAGACUCUUCAUGUUUUUGUUUCUGUUUUCAGAAAAUAAACCAAGAAGUUAAUGUUAAAUAUAUAAGUUUUUACAAUUGUUUUUUGUUAUAUAAGAGUUAAUUAAGAAGAAGUGUUCAAAAUCUCACCCUAAAGCUUCACUGAGAUUGCAGUAGGCGGAGUCAAUCAGUGUAGGGAGGAGCUUGCAGGUUAUUUAAAGGCCAGGUGUGGCCAUUUCCACUCUCUGUGUCUGAUCAUGCGGCCGCUGCACUCCAGUAGGUUUGUUUGAAUUAUUUAUUUGAUGAACUGUUUAUCUUUUGAGCAAAUAUGUUACACAGAUUCACUAAAGAUGUAUUUUAUGUAUGUUUUGUUUUUGUUUUUUUUCAAACUCAGUUAAAACUGAGUAAUCUCUUAAUUUAAAUAUGGAAUGUGUUAUAGGUUGGAUUGGGUGUGCAUAAUAAGAAGUUUGAGAAGUUCUAUUUCAUUGUUUGACAUGCAUAAGGAAUUGACAAAACUUUCAUGCUGGGUUGUUAGUGUGAAGUUCUCAAAAUAAUUACUGACAAAACACAUGACUGUAAGCGCUGUGAAAUUGAGAACGUGUUACUGUUUUUUGUUUGUUCUUUUUUAAGGCAGUAUUUGAACUGGCCUGAGCGGACCAGCUGAACGUGUAAUCAGCUUGCCAGGACUCUGUCUGUCAUUUGUCCGGGCCAGUUAUAAUGUCGAGCCCAGGUAGCCUACCGUAAGUUCAUUGCUUCCCCUCUGUUUAAUUAAUCUCCAAAGUUUGUGUGGGCCAUGUGAUGAAUUUCCUUUUCUUUAUUGCACAGAAAAUCAUCUGUUCAUCCCUGUACUUGACCUUGUACCAAAUAAAGGGUUAAAUGGC